AUGCUUCUUGAACCUAUUAUGAAGGUUGAGGUUACUUCUCCAUCUGAAUUCCAGGGAGUUGUUGUAACGUCACUAACACAACGCAAAGCUACGAUUAUUUCCACUGAUUCUAUGGAAGAGUACAUCAUAGUUGUUUGCGAGUGUCCCCUAGCUGCUAUGUUUGGAUACACGUCAAUACUACGUUCAAUUACUGAGGGGAAAGGAGAAUUUACAAUGGAAUACUGCAGGUAUGCUCCAACUACUGAGGAAGCACAAAGUAAUAUCAUACGCGAAUGGCAGGCUUUACAUGGUCUUGGGGCAAUUGGUAAUAAGAAUAAGAAACUAUACCGUGUUUUGGAAGCCCAUUCAGCAUCCAAAGAGAGUCGAAAUAACGCCCAUAUGUAA